UGAAGAGCAUCUGUAUCACCACAUAUUUCUAGGGUUUUCCAUUUUGUGUUCUUCCCAUUCCUUACUAGCCUUGCUUUCCAGGGUUUGCAAAGGAAUUCUCUGAAAAGAAGGAGAAAUCGAAAAUGGCGGAAGUAGACGGAAAGCAGCAAACUGAAAUGACUCAAGAUCAGGUACAGAGGCUCAAGUAUCUGGAUUUCGUCCAAGUGGCGGCGAUCCACGCCAUCGUUUUCCUUUCAGGCAUCUACGAUUUCGCCAAGGAGAAUUCUGGGCCAUUGAAACCUGGGGUCCAGACAGUCGAGGGGACCGUGAAGAACGUUAUCGGCCCGGUCUACGAGAAAUUCCGCGACGUGCCCUUCGAGCUCCUGAAGUUCGCCGAUCGUAAGGUCGAUGGCUUCAUUAACGAGGUGGAUAAGCACGUUCCGGUGCUGGUUAAGGUGGCGUCGAGCAAAGCCCUUUCGGCGGCUCACAAUGGCCCGGAGGUUGCACGAGCCGUGGUUUCAGAGGUCCAGCGCGCUGGUGUGAUCGAGACGGCUACCGAGAUCGCGAGGACGACGUACGUGAAGCUGGAGCCUACGGCCAAGGAGCUGUACGCCAGGUACGAGCCGGUGGCGGAGCGGUACGCGGUGUCGGGAUGGAAGUCGCUCAACCGCCUCCCGCUCUUCCCGGAGGUUGCCCACAUAGUGGUCCCCACCGCCGCUUACUGGUCGGAGAAAUACAACCAGACCGUUUGCUACACGGCCGAGAGGGGGUAUACCUUGUCGGCCUACCUCCCCCUGAUCCCGACGGAACGGAUUGCCAAGGUUUUCGGAGGCAGCGAGGACGGGGAAUCCCAGCCGGACGCGCCUACGGCCGAGGAUGCAGCUCCUCUCCGUCCGUCCGCCUAGCCGGUUCCGUUUCCAAAGUGAUCGAGUCGAAAAGAGGGGGUUUGGGUUUCCGUUGGAUGAUGUAAAGUAAAUGUACUUCCUAGAUCUCUCUCUCUCUCUCUCUCUCUCUCUCUCUUUUACAGCAGUAAACUAGUAGUAAUGCUUGCUUUGAUUC